AAGUGGCAUAAUAAACAGUGUAUUUUUAAAGCUCCUUAACAAAAGAUUAGUAAAUUUAAGUAGACAUACUUACCUCUAUAACCGAUACUCAUCGUGUCAACGGGUCCUAUUUCAAAAACCAAAAUUUGUGAUCAAUCCCCCACCCUCUGUAUCGGGCACAUGGAUGAGAAGGAAUCGCAAUAAUCGCAAACAUCGCAGUGGGUAUUGGAAACAAGUGGAGUGAAGUAAUGUUUACAACCGUUCGUAGUGCGUAGCGUGCGGCAUGUGGUUCUCUGCUGGAUUGGCCUUUUUAGUUUUGUUCUUUUUCUUGGAUAUUGAUAUCGUGCCGCAGAAUAAAGUAACACAUGAUGAAUUACACUAGUGCUAUCAAGUAUCCUAGAGAAGCAACAAUUUUAGCUGCUUGCUGUGCUAUUAUAUUUUGUGUUUUGGGAGUUAUUGGUAACUCCAUCACCGUCCUAGCCCUGAUACGAUGCCCGAAGUUGCGGGUACACGCUACAACAGCGUUCGUUCUGUCGCUCUGUAUAUCGGAUCUGAUUUUCUGCGUAGUCAAUCUUCCUCUAACGGCUGCCAGAUACAUUUACGAGGCUUGGAUUUUUGGGGACGCCCUAUGCCAAUUGUUUCCGGUGUUGUUUUAUGGCAAUGUCGCAGUUUCCGUACUCAAUAUGGUGGCCAUUACACUAAAUAGAUACGUCCUCAUUUCAUGCCAACAAUACUACAAUAUUUUGUACUCCAAGCUUUCAAUAUGGAUACAACUUAUCUGUAUAUGGGGCAUUGCUUUUCUGCUGAUGGUACCACCAUUGCUUGGAAUUUGGGGCCAAAUGGGAUUGAAUCCUUCUACAUUUUCCUGUACGAUUCUAAAGAAGAAUGGAAAGUCACCGAAAAAUAUGGUCUUUCUGGUCGGUUUCAUUCUACCCUGUGCUGUCAUUAUUCUGGCAUAUUCGUGUAUAUACUGCAGUGUUCGAAAAUCCAGGAAAAAGUUGAGGUCGCAUCAGCCGAUGACGGACAAAAGAAGCGGUAGACGAGAAAAGGACGACAGUCGACUGACAAAACUCAUGGCCAUCAUUUUCAUUUGUUUCCUCUCUUGUUUCUUGCCCCUAAUGCUGGUUAAUGUUUUGGACGACCACGAUAUCAGAUACCCCAUACUCCACGUUAUUGCCUCCAUAAUGGCUUGGGCUUCUAGUGUUAUAAAUCCAUUUAUCUAUGCUGCCAGCAAUCGCCAAUAUCGUUCUGCAUACUCCAAGUUAUUUAGAAUAGUUAAAUCUAGUGUAGUUUUCUCUGAUUCUAAACAAGCUUCGAACAAUAUUCGACAAGAGAAGAAUUCUGUUACUUACAAACCUAGUGGGGGGAGUAGGGGUAGCGAUAUGUAAGCAAAGUUUUGUUAGUUAUGUUCGGGUCCAUUUUGUUCAUAACAAACAUUCCUGAUAUUUUUACCAAAUAGUAGAAUAGACUGAAAGAAUUUCUUCAAUAAAGCCAGUACCAUGUAAAGAAAUAUCUAAGAACCGGAUUUGAGAAUUCAUUCAAUUCUUAAAAGUAAAUCAUUUCAACAUGAAAGUAAGUCUUACCAUUUUACAUUUCAAAGAGAGGUGUGUAACUGAAAGCCUCUUGAGCCGGCCCUUGAUAGAAGACAACCUGGAUAAGUACAGAGUGUAGCACUCCCGAUGGUAUAGGUAUUACGAAGUUCAAAGAAAUUUGUCAAAUGAAAGUAGUGAAUGGUACAAAUUACAUUGCCUGCUUGCUUCUUUUACAUAAAUACAUAAAUAAGAGGUCUUGCUAGAUAUUUACCAAAAAAAAUUUGGGUAGAACCUGUUUUUCAGAUUUGUGGUCCAAAAAAUUACUAAAAUUGGCUAAGAGCCAUCAUUAUCAACGUUGAUAAUAUAAUUUACGACUGUCAAAAAGGAAAGUAAUUCAGUUAUUUUUCAAUACAAUGAACACAAAAUAUCCUUACCUAUACAUCUAAGCCACUUAAAUUUCUAGACAAAACCAAAAAU